AUGAGCAAAUGGGGAGAAUUGAAAAGUAAAAUAAUAUGGCCAAAUGAAUUUCUGUAUGCCGUGGAAAAUGAAGGGAAAGAAAACAAAUUCGGGCACAGUUAUGUGGUAAAGUACAACGGAAAUGUAGCUCACAAUAUUUUUAAAAAAGGGAUAAGUCAAUUGAAUAAAUUGAUGAAUACGACAAAACGUAUUUGUGAGAAUUUAGAGGAACAAAAUGAUCACUAUAAUUCAGAGGAUUUAGAAUUCGAUCUAGAUAAAAAUAAUUCAGAGGAAAUUAACAAUGCUAAUCAAAUAUUGCUAAGAUUAAAUGAUAAGAAGCAAUAUUUUAAAGAUCGACUUUUCCAGAUAAAAACCAUUGAUGAGAAAUACGACAUUGUAAAUAAUAUAACACCCUACUACCAUGUAAUUCGUUUGGAUUCCCCGUUUGUAAAUAUUGAGGGAGAUAAUUUAAUAGAGAUAUUAAAAAAAAAAUAUUCGAAUUACUAUAAUACUACAGGUAGAGUUAAGGGAGAGCAGGGAAAAAAAAAGCGCAAUGAGCCAACGAAUAGAGAAUUCAAAACCUAUUUGUAUAACGCCAAGAUUAUAGACUGUGAUGAAACUCUUAUAGGAAACAGGGAAUUUAUUUUUUCUGAGGCAAAUACGCAGGAAUUAAAGAUAAAUAUACUUAUUAAUGAGGGAAAAAACCUACAACAAGUGUUAUAUGAGUACAAGGAAUGUUGUGGAAGUGCGGGCCAUGAUAUUGAGGCAUGGGAGGGAUUCAAUGGGACAAGUGAACGAUAUGAUUCAAGUUGUCACGGUAAUGUUUUGACAAGUGGUCAUGUUGUACCGAAUGGUCUGACUGAUCAGGCAGCUCGAAAUCAAGACAGUUUCUCAUUGAGCAAUGAGAUGACAUACGAACAGCUGGGUGUUCUUCCUUACAGCGGCAUUAUCAUGCUGCAAAAAAAAGAGUUCGAGAAGCAAAACUAUGUUGCAGCAUUUUUGACACCAUUUCUUCUGAACGGCAAUAUAAAAAAGUUCAUCGAAAAUGUACAUCCUUAUGUGAAAUACAAAUUUGAUAGCCAACUUGUUUUAAAAAAUUUGUGCAACCUUAUAAAACUCAUGUGUUAUUUGGAAGAGAAAAAUAUCGCUCAUGGAAACAUUAAACCAACCAAUCUGUUCAUAAGCAACAAUGGUUUUAAUAUACUUAUUGGAAACUUUGUCCCCAAAACGAAAUUGAUAAAUUAUUACUUCUAUGUUAUUGAUAAGAGAAGAAGGAUGCCGAAAUAUAUUUCUCCUGAACUUUUACUUUAUUUGAACAAAAAAAUUGCACUAAUAAAAAAGAGGAAAAAAACAAACAAACAUAUUGAUAAAUACCUAAUUAAGAAUGACAUUUUUUGCUUAGGUUUAUGCUUUUAUUACAUAUUAACAAUGAAAGAAGACAUUUUGAAUCACAUUGAUGAUCAGUAUGCUUUUCAAUUUAAAUUGGAUAGUAUACAGUCUUUUAUUACAAAACCAGAAUUACUGUUCCUUUUAAAAAAUAUGCUGAUUUAUGAACAUCGCCAACGCCCUACAUGGUCUGCCUUAAUGGGGUUGGUGCAUCAUCUACAGGGAACAGAAAAAAAAAAAACUUUUCCAUGUUAA